AUGGGUACAAUCGUGUUGAUUACUCCCCUGACGCUGGGCGCGUGCGUACUACCUGCGCCGGCGCUGGGGUCGCCGGGCGCGGGGGUGCCGGCGCAUGCGCCCGCGCCCGCCGCCCACGCCGCGCACCCUGCGCACUCCGCACACCCUGCGCACACUGCGCCGCCCUGCUCCACCCUGUUCGUCGCCAACCUGGGACAGUUCGUCUCCGAGCACGAGCUUAAGGAAAUAUUCAGCAGCUGCCCGGGGUUCUCGCGCCUUCGCCUGCUCAGCGCCGGCAGCGGCGGCGGCACCACUAGCCCGGUGGCCUUCGUGGAUUUCGCUAGUCCGCCGGACGCCGCCGCGGCUAUGGCACGCCUGCAGGGAGCCCUGCUUCUCAGCUCAGAGGGGGCCAUCCAUCUCGAAUAUGCGAGGCAUAAGAUGGCACACAACGGCUGGAUUCUCGCACAUGAAGUAUGCACGCGCAUAAUGUUUUAUACGGGGGAGCCAAAAGCGGAGAAGAGAGCGAACAGCAUUAGUUCGUUCGUGGCUCUCGGCACUUGA